AUGUCCGAAGAAACCACGACCGAAGCUUUCAACGAGGAUCUGGUGACGAUCGCCAGCAGCGAGUUGGCAGCCAUUAUUAUAGUCAUGGUCUCAAUCUUCGGGCUUUUGGCGAAUUUCCUCUCCAUUCACCUCGUGCUCACCUACCCACAUCUCAGGAACAGUUUUGGAGCGCUUUGCGUUUCGCAGAGCGUCGCCAACUCAGGGCUGUUGAUAAUCUUCGCCGGUUGGUGCGCGCCGAUGCAGUGGAUGAGCGACGACGAGAUGUCCACGGGACUCUGGGGCAAGAUUAUGGGUCAAUUGAACACGCUGUUUUGGGCCAAUUCCGUUUAUUCUCAUUUAGUUGUAUCGCUCAAUCGACUAUUUUCGAUCACUUUCCCCACAAGACGCCUAAAAUUCGCCGGCUCAAAAGGUACCUAUUUUCUCGUCAGCUGCUCAUGGACGAUUGCCGCCAUCCUGAACUUGCCAUAUUUCUACCGAGACGAAUGUUAUAUCGUGUACACGCCGUCAACCUUUACGUGGAAUUACUCGCAGAGCACCUGCGGAACGAUUAUUGGCACCUACCUCGACUUCUACCUCGGUAUGGCCGUCUUCGGCAUUAUCGCUAUUUUUGACGUGUAUACGAUAUUUCAACUACGGAACAUUUCUGGUGCGGGCGGGCGCGAGGUCCUACUCAAACGACGGGCGAUGGAAAUUCGGUUUUUUGCUCAAAGCUGCACCCAGCUGCUCAUCUUUGCAUACAUUUUUGCGAGUUUCUACUAUGUUUCGACGUUUAUGACGACGAAAUGGCAACUCUUUUUCACCGUUACGUUCUCUUGGCAGGCCUGCCACUCUUUAGAUGGCUGCGUCUUGCUGAUUUUCCACUGGCGACGUCAGCCUCAGCCCUCCGUCUCGCGGCAAACGAUGGUUCGACUAGCACAUUCAGCCAUAACAGCCCAGCAGAGCACCACUCAUAGCGUCGUCCCGUCGAGCUGGAGUCGGACUUAU